GACGCAGCCUGCGCUGGAUGAACUGACUUCUCCGUUUGCAUCCAGCCCACCUGCGAAAACAUCUCACACCUCGCAGAAAAGCAAGAAGGCGAAAGAGCUCUGCAAGCGCUCCAGAGAUCAGAUGAUUAUUGACGCCGGCCAGAAGCAUUUUGGUGCCGUAGUUUGCAAGUCGUGUGGCAUGAUCUACACAGCCACUAGCCCGGAGGAUGAAGCCCAACACAUCCAGCACCACGAGAGGUUCCUCGAGGGACUCAGAUACGUGGGUUGGAAGAAGGAACGGGUUGUGGCAGAGUUCUGGGAUGGGAAAAUUGUACUGAUUCUUCCAAAUGACCCAAAGUAUGCUGUCAAGAAGGCAGAAGAUGUGCGAGAAAUUGUAGAUAAUGAAUUGGGAUUUAAGCAAGUUUCUUUGAGCUGCCCAGCCAAGACUAAAAUAUACUUGUUUGUGUCCAAUGAGAAGAUGAUUGUUGGGUGCUUAGUGGCUGAAUCAAUCAAGCAGGCUUUCCGGGUGCUGUCUGAGCCGGUAGCCGUACCGUCCCCCAGCCAGGACGCCCUGCAGCACCACCGGGCUUGGCGCUGCUCCACGGAGCCGGAACCCGCCAUCUGUGGUGUCAGCAGGAUCUGGGUGUUCGGCCUGAGGCGCAGGAAGGGGAUUGCCCGUCGCAUGGUGGACGUGGUCAGGAGCACCUUCAUGUACGGCUGUUACCUGAGCACUGAUGAAAUCGCCUUCUCUGACCCAACGCCGGACGGCAAGCUCUUUGCGAUGAAAUACUGCCAAACCCCCAACUUCCUAGUUUACAAUUUUAUCUAUAACAACUGA